AUGGCAGGAGCGACUGAUUAUAGCGAUUGGUCGCAUGAGAAUCUGAUCAAGAGAGUUACUCAUUUGGAAAAUGAACUUAAAGUUAAUACCAAAAGCGCAAUCCCCGCCAACAAGAAGAACUUUAAGAAACCCCGCUGCGAACGAGAUUUCGAUCCCUCCAAAUACAACACCCGACUCGUAGCUCUCAAACUUGCAUAUUUGGGAAAAAACUACAAUGGAUUCGAGCAUCAUUCCCACGUAACGCCUUUGCCUACUAUUGAAGAAGAAUUAUGGAAAGCGUUGAAUAAGGCUCGUCUUGUAUUUCCGGAAGGUGUCAAUCCAAUGUCGCCGGGGGAUGUCAAUUGGGAGGGCUGCGAAUACUCGAAAUGUGGGAGGACGGAUAAGGGAGUUAGUGCUUUUGGUCAGGUUAUUGCGAUCAGACUGAGGAGUAAUCGACCGCUUUCUAAACCGGAUGCAAAGCCCACGCAAGAAGAAUCCGGAGAGGGAGAAGAGGGGGGUAUGUAUCACACGUACCCGAGGGAAAAUGGUAUAGAAGUUACAUCUGCGCCGCUUUCUCCACCUGCAGCUAUACCAGGGCUAAAGAGGUCGGACAGUGGAGCAUUUAGCUUGUCGGAUCCAGAGAUACAGGAGAGUCUUGAUUUUAACCAUAUUACUGAUGAGAUACCUUACCCACAAAUUCUUAAUCGUCUCCUUCCACCCGAUAUCCGUAUCGUGGCCUGGUGUCCGUCACCACCCCUCGAUUUCUCCGCUCGUUUUUCCUGUCGCGAACGUCGCUAUCGAUAUUUCUUCACCCAACCUGCAUUUUCCCCCGUUCCCACUCAGGUAGAACAUGGCACAUCAGCUAGUAAAAUGAAAGAUGGGUGGUUGGAUAUCGAUGCUAUGAGGGAAGCAGCAAAAUCAUUCGAGGGUUUGCAUGAUUUUAGGAAUUUCUGUAAGGUGGAUCCGGGGAAACAGCUUACGAACUUUGAGAGGAGGAUAUUUUUUGCAGAUAUUGAGGAGGUAGAUGAUUAUACGAGCUCGCUGGCUUAUGUGAAUGGGGAUUCCUUUAUCGAUGAAUCGAUUCGUUCCAAAACGGAUGGCGAGAGCAACGCACCCAAAAUCUACACUUUCACUCUGCAUGGAUCGGCAUUCCUUUGGCAUCAGGUUCGCCAUAUGGUUGCGAUUUUGUUUCUCGUGGGCCAGGGCCUGGAGAAACCUUCUGUAGUCUCGGAAUUGUUGAACGCAGAUAAGAAUCCUGGAAGACCUACUUAUGAAAUGGCUACCGAUACUCCACUCGUCCUCUGGGAUUGUAUCUUUCCCCACCGCGACGAUCCAACGCGAACCGAUGCUCUAGACUGGCAUUACAUAGGCGAUACACCUGGUUUCUCGGACGGUAAAUACGGACCCGCGGGCUUAAUGGAUGAUUUAUGGACGGUAUGGAGAGAGCGCAAAAUCGACUCGAUCCUCGCAGGAGAAUUGAUGGGAAUAGUGAGUCGACAAGGAAUUCCAGCGAGUGAGUUGACUGGGGGGGAAGGGGGAAGGGGCGGGAGGAGCCAGAAGGUUUUUGCGGGGAAUGAUAAACCAAGGAUGAUGGGGAAGUAUAUAGGGGUUAUGAAUAAAAUCAAAAUGGAUACGGUGGAGGUGGUUAAUGAGAGGUAUGUGGCGAAGAAGGGCUUGGUGGUUGUAGAGCAGAAGAAGGGGUUUAGGAAGGUAGAGGUGAAAGGAGCACUAAAUGAAAAGGGGGAGGUGGAGGUGGAGGUGGUGGAAGAAGGUGAUGGAAUAAAGACGGGGAGUGAGAUUUAG